CCUCCCCUGCCGGGACCCUGGGGCCGGUCCCGCGCGACCCAGACCGAGGCACGGUGGCCUUUCAGUUUUCUUUUGGGCCCUUUUCUCCCUCGGCCGUUUUGGGGAUCGUCAGUAAAUGCAGCUGCUUUUUUUCACCACCGGGUGUAAGAGAAACCGUGCGAUAUUGAAGCAUGCGUGUCUGGCUUAUUUCACAAAUUAUUACUCCGAGACGUAAGCAGUAACUUGAGAAUGUACUGUAAUUGGUGCCACCUGGUCCAGUAAGUGCAGCUAGACAUCAGUCACCCAGGAACAGAAACUUACUUUCAAGCUUUUCUCUGUAAGACUCUGAGAAACGAAGUAUUUCGUGAAUCCAAGAAGAAAAAAUGUCUGUGACAUUGCACACAGACGUAGGAGAUAUUAAAAUAGAAGUCUUCUGUGAGCGGACACCCAAGACAUGUGAGAACUUCCUGGCUCUCUGUGCUAGUAAUUACUACAGCGGUUGUGUAUUCCACAGAAACAUCAAGGGGUUCAUGGUUCAGACGGGAGACCCAACAGGUACCGGAAGAGGCGGGAACAGUAUCUGGGGCAAGAAGUUCGAGGAUGAAUACAGUGAAUAUCUUAAGGUACAGCCCCGCUUCAGAACUUCACCUCUCAAGUCUGGUGCGCUUGGAACUCGGGCGUGUGCCUCGGGACGCAGGCCGACAUCAUUCAGUGUGUUUUCUGCAGUGCUUGCACGCUUGCACAACGUCAGAGGUGUUGUCUCUAUGGCUAACAAUGGCCCAGACACCAACGGCUCUCAGUUCUUCAUCACAUAUGGCAAACAGCCCCAUUUGGACAUGAAGUAUACCGUGUUUGGAAAAGUCAUAGAUGGCUUGGAUUCUCUGGAUGAACUGGAGAAGCUCCCAGUAAAUGAGAAGACAUACCGGCCUCUCAAUGAUGUGCACAUCAAGGACAUAACUAUUCAUGCCAACCCGUUUGCUCAGUAGACAGUCGCUGGAUGGACCCUGGGUGGGUGUCUUGGAGCAGCCUCAGGCUUACCCCAGUGGGCCGGCGGUACCCAGGAUCUCUUCCUUCUGUGUGUGCAGCCAGGGCAUCAGGAAGGAAGCCCAGCGCGUGCCCUCGGUGCACACAGCGCAUCCUCUCCUGGUGUCAAUGGGUCCUUCCACUCUUUGGUGGUAGGGAGGGAUUGAGACAGGGCCUCGCUGUGUAGUCCAGGCUGGCCUUGAGCUCACUAUGGAACCAGGCUGGCCUCGAACUCAGCCAUCUUCCUGCCUCAGCCUCCCGAGUGGCACCGGGAUUACAGGUGUGCACUGCCAUGUCCAGCUUUCUUUAGCUUUAACAUUAAAGAUAUUUAAAAAAUUUUUUACACGCAAAUACUCAUUUUUAAGUGCUGAGUCUCAAAUGCAAGCAAUUUUGAGCAUGCUGGCUACAUACCAUGGCCAGCCCAUAGGCUAGGAUCAUCUCCGGGAAUCACUCCCUUUAAGCCGUUAGAAAGAGCAGGACCAGGAUCGCAGAGGUGGUCUAGCAGGCGUCUCCAGCUUCACAGUAAAGUUGAGCCUGAUAACAGUACUGAGCAUUUCCCAGCUGACCCGCCCAGGACCCUGAGGAGUACAGUGCACCCGUCAGGGCCCAGGCUGCAUUCUCAUCCGUGCUGACCAAUAUUCUGCCCCUCAGCAUGUGACUGAGGCAGCCUAACUCAGCUCUGCUUUUUCACCCUCACACAUCGUCUCAUCAGAGCCCAUCCUGAGGGUCACAUGAGGCCUGUAGGACCGUUCUCUAGGAUCUGGAAGCUUCAGUUCUCUCACUUGAUAAAGUCGUUUACCAGGUUCUCGUGGAUUUGCUGAGAACCAUGUUCCCCCUGCUGCAUAAAUCACCUUGAUUAGACUGUGCUAUUUCUACAACCAAUACCAAAUACUCACAUUUGGGUUUAUCUCUUUUCUCCCAAUGGCUGGUCUAAUUAAUUGUUUUAUUUUUUGAGACAGGGUCUCCCUAUGUAGUUCAGACUGGCUUUAAACUCUAGGCAGUCCUCCUGCCUCAGCCUCCCAAAUGUUGGGAUUACUAAUUAAUUUUUUUAAUUCUUUUUUUUUUCCACUACUGGGCUUUGAACCCCAGGACUUCACCUGUAUGAGGCAAGAGCUCUACCACUGAGCUUCAUUUUCAGCCCUUGGUGCUGCACACCUGUAGUUUCAGCACUUGAGAGGCUGAGGUAGGAGGAUCGCCGUGAGUUUAAGACCAGCCUGGACUACAUAGUGAGUCCAUGGCCAGCCUGAGCCACAAAGCAAGACCCUGCCUUAAAACAAAACUCUUGCCUAGGCUGGUUUCAAACUUGAGAUCCUCUUACCUCAGCCUUCUGAGGAGCUAGGAUUGCAGGUGUUGUUUAAUUAGUUUGAGUAUUAGCAUUUAUAUGUCUCAAUAAACUGAGGUACUUUUUAUACCAGUGAUCUCA